AUGAUUAAGGCUGAUUCAAGCAUUUUGUCGUCUCCCUUGUUCUUCUCAACCCGGUUUACAGCCCGCCAGUCUCGAAGUCUCGUACUCCAUAUUCUCGGCCUAUCGGUCAGUGGCAUCGAGAGGCGCAUCCCGAGUACCCGUUGUCACCUUAACCGUGGGGUCACCUGGACGGUGUCCAACCGUGCCGUUUGUAUUACUAAAGCUCAGAGGCACUCCUGCCGCUGUGAGGCCGUUUCAGAUGAGCGUGAUACUGAGGUGCGGGGUGGGUCGGAGGUCAAAACUCUGAAUUCCAGUCACCGUAGAAGCCAGACCUUCAAUCCAUGGCUAUCGAUGAUGGAGGGCGAUGUUGAAAAGAAAAAAAAAGAAUGUAAUAUCUUAUAA